UCCUCCUUCCUUCCUCCUUUCCUCCCCCUUUGCCUGGAGCAGGAGUCCUUUCCCCCCACUGUGGACCUCCUAGCUUCUCAACCUCUUCUUAGACACAGUCCCCUUGGAGAUAUAUGACCAAGUCCUCUGCUCUCCUUACCCUACCAGCCAGGCUCCUGGGAAGUGGAGAACCCAAGGCUUCCCAAGUGAACUACAACUCCCAAGGUACAUAUAGAGUGACUGUGGUGCACACUGGGAGUUGUAGUCCUUGAGCUCUCAAUUUGGCUGAGUCUGGAAAUGUUUCUAGAUAAGCAUAAAAGCCAAGACUGUGAUAGAUUGCAACAUGGGUACCCUCUCCAUCUCCCCAUUUUAUUCUUGUUAUUCCAUUCCACGUGACACCAUGUAUCUAUGAUUGACAUUGAUCUCCCCAGCUGAGACAUGCUACUCAUCCUCACCUUAGGGCUCCACCCAAGAGAUGCCCACACCCUGCCCUGCUGCCCCUAGCAGGGGUGGACUGAGGGGCCCCAUGAACUCCUUCCCUGCCCCCUGCCCUCCAGGCUGGUUCCCUCCCUUUAUGGGGAUCAAAGGGCAGGGAACAGCCCCACCCCACUCCCUCUCAGACAGCCCGCACUAGACUAGGGCUCUUAGACAUUGCAGGGACUUUGGUGCCCAAGCAUUUGCUUGGGCAGGGGAAUGCCGGGAGGUUGGCGCCUGGUGGCAAGAGAGACACUGGCCCCCACCCUGGGUGUGGAGCCUUCAGUAACUGCUCAUGGGGCUGUCCACAGCCUCCCAGGCUCUGUUUGUGUAGGCCCUGACCAGUAUGCUGCCUCUUGAGGUGGCAGCCUGAGAACAGGGUCUUGGCCCUUAUCUGUAGGGCCUAGGGGCCUGGGCCCGCCUGCCUGGCACCAAGGUGCAGGGGUGACCCUCCCCCACUCCAGGCCCACAGUUGGCAUAGGGUGCUGGGAGCAGGGGGGUAGGAGGGAGAGGAGGGCAGGACUGCCAGCAUCCUGGUGGGUAGGUGCCAACCGGGCCGGGAGCUGGUGAGGGGCAGCAGGCCAGCGGCAUUGAGCCAACAGCUGUUGGGGGGAAAGGGGAGGAGGUACUUUAGGGGGCAUUUCUGUGGACCCCCCCCCCCAGCCUAGCAGGACUUGGGAUAGUUUAGUGUCUGGAGGAUACCAGGGUGUCCCUUAUUCCAGGAAUAAGAGACCCCAGGAGUUGUUUAAGUAAAACUUUGUGGCCCACCCAUCUCGCCUCAGAGCCCUCCUCAGUUGCCCCUCAGGCCCAGGCGGGUCCCACCCAACCGGCCAGGGUGGCAGCAGCUUGCGCAAGGGGUGGGGCUAGGCGCUUCCCAGCAGAUGCCCCCUCCUAGCUCCUUCCUCUUUCGAUGCCUACAGCUCCCCCCAUCUGUCUAUCCCCCUCAGGCCAGCUCUGUCCCCCUGGUCCCCCUGGCUACUGGGGGCUGGUAUGAGUGCUGCCCCCUGGCCUGGUUGGCAGGGGCUGGCGUCCAAGCGAGGAACUGUGGAGAAGAUGGGGAGCUCUGAGGAUGACCUGAUUGGAAUUCCAUUCCCAGACCACAGCAGUGAGCUCCUGAGCUGCCUCAAUGAGCAGCGCCAGCUGGGCCACCUAUGUGACCUUACCAUCCGGACGCAGGGCCUCGAGUACCGCACCCACAGGGCUGUGCUGGCUGCCUGUAGCCACUACUUCAAGAAGCUCUUCACUGAGGGCGGUGGAGGGGCUGUCAUGGGGGCAGGGGGUGGCGGGACAGCUGCUGGAGGAGCAGUGGCUGGUGUGUGUGAGCUGGACUUUGUAGGACCAGAGGCACUGGGGGCCCUGCUUGAAUUUGCCUAUACAGCCACAUUGACCACCAGCAGCGCCAACAUGCCAGCUGUACUCCAGGCCGCCCGGCUACUGGAGAUCCCUUGUGUCAUCGCUGCCUGUAUGGAGAUUCUGCAAGGCAGUGGGCUAGAAGCUCCAAGCCCAGAUGAGGAUGACUGUGAGCGAGCCCGACAAUACCUGGAGGCUUUUGCCACAGCCACAGCCUCAGAAGUUCCCAAUGGUGAUGAUCCACCACAGGUGCCCCUCUUACCACCUCCACCUCCACCACCUCGGCCUGUGGUACGCCGCAGCCGCAAGCCCCGAAAAGGUUUUCUGCAAACCAAGGGAGCCCGAGCGAACCACCUGGUACCUGAGGUGCCUGCAGUGCCCACCCAAUCCUCGACCUACGAGGAGGAAGAGGCGGUGGGCCGAGUGGGCAGCAGUGGGGGCAGUGGGUUGGGGGACAGCUACAGCCCUCCCACAGGGACUGCCUCACCUCCUGAGCACCCGCUGGGCUAUGAGCCCUAUGAAGGUGAGGAAGAAGAAGAGGAGCUCGUAUAUCCUCCAGCCUAUGGGCUGGCACAGGGCAGUGGGCCCCCACUGUCUCCAGAGGAGCUGGGCUCAGAUGAGGAUGCCAUUGAUCCUGACCUGAUGGCCUACCUAAGUUCCCUGCAUCAGGAUGCCUUGGCACCAGGCCUGGAUGGCCAAGACAAGCUGGUGCGUAAACGCCGCUCCCAGAUGCCCCAGGAGUGCCCAGUCUGCCACAAGAUAAUCCACGGGGCUGGCAAACUGCCCCGCCACAUGAGGACCCAUACAGGCGAGAAGCCCUUUGCCUGUGAGGUCUGCGGUGUGCGAUUCACCAGGAAUGAUAAGCUGAAGAUCCACAUGCGGAAGCACACAGGAGAGCGCCCCUACUCGUGCUCACACUGCCCAGCCCGCUUCCUGCAUAGCUACGACCUCAAGAACCACAUGCACCUGCACACGGGGGACCGGCCCUAUGAGUGCCACCUGUGCCACAAGGCUUUCGCCAAGGAGGACCACCUGCAGCGUCACCUCAAGGGCCAGAACUGCCUGGAGGUCCGCACCCGGAGGCGCCGCAAGGACGAUGCGCCACCUCACUACCCACCGCCCUCCACCGCCACCCCUUCCCCUGCUGGCCUCGACCUCUCCAAUGGCCACCUGGACACCUUCCGCCUCUCUCUGGCUCGAUUCUGGGAGCCAUCAGCUCCCACAGGACCCCCGGUGUCCACCCCGGGGGCCCCUGAUGAGGAGGAGGAAGAGGGGACACCGACCACACCCCAAGCUGAAGGUGCCAUGGAGACCUCUUAAAGAGGGAUGAGUGGCCAGACUCGAGCACAAGGCCAGCAGCACAAGGCCGGGGACACCCAUGCCAAGCAAUGGGAGCACACCGGGCAGGCAGAGCUGGGGGGAGGGUGGCACUGAGUCUUGUUGGCGUCAGAAUCAGCCCCUUCUCCCCACAGCCCUCAUUCCACUUCUAAGCUGAUGUUUUGGGGCACAGGCUCCCCAGAUUGGGGUGAUCACCCGAGAAUGAUACAUAUGAUAGUAUGUAUAUAUUUACAGCUCUAUUGUAAAGGUGGGAUCCCUGUCCCCAGCUGCUCCUGGGGAGUAGAAGCAAUAAUGUAUUUCAGAUUUGUGGGGUUCCACUUCGGCUAUGCGGGUUUCUAGGGGCCUGGGGCUUGGGACCAAAGCCUUGCCCCACUCCCAUGCCCCCUGGGGUUUGGGCUGUGUAAGGGGGUGAAGGACUGCCCCACCCUUUCAAGACCCCUCCUUCCUGGUUUCUGUUCCUUUUUCCUGGCAGUGAAUUAUGCAAAGGGGGGGGGUGGCAAAGGAAGGGUAGGUAGGGGGAAGUAAGGUGAAAGCUUGAAAAUCUGGGGGACUGGGCCUGUAAGGACGGAGCCAUCCCAGUCCCCCUCCGCCCUGCUCCAGCGCUGAGUCAUGGGGUCCUGGAGAAGAAGGGGGCGGGGUGGCCUGAUUGGCUCGCCCGCCCCUGGGGGCAGCAGGAGGAGCCCCGCCCAGCUAGGGGAGCGCUCGCUCCACUCCCCUCCCUGCCCCUCCCCUCCUGCGUCCCCAGGCAGGGAAUGUCUUGUUCCCGCCGCUCCCUCCCCAGGGCCAGAGGGCAGGGCGGGCCGGGCUGCGUCUUACCCUUUUCUCCCCACCUCCUCCCCUCCCAGGUGCGAGCCGGGAGCCGCCGCCACCGCUGCCGCCCCUGACUCACGCCGCCCCCGGGCUGGCGGGCGCUGGGUGUGGGACAGGGUGAGGGGUUGGGGGAACCUUGCGGGGAGCGGGCGAGCCGGCGCCAUCUGGUGGCCAUGCCCUGCGCGGGCGAGCGCCUCCGGUGGCCGCCUGGAGCGAGCUGGCUUCACGCACCCCAACCACCCUGGCCGGUGAGCUGGCGCCCCCUUACCACGGUGGUAGGCAAGCAACUCGCUUGCCGCUGGGAAAGUGAGCUGCGGACCUGUGAGAAAGGGAUCCGUUUCUUGGGUCCUUGUCUGUCACUCUUCUAGGAUUGAAUCCACCCCAUUCUGUACAUAGCCUCUUCUGUUGGUCUUGUUGAAAUCUAGUUUCAGAUUUUUAACUACCCAAUUCUGCUGGGUGGGGAGACUCUUACCCCCAACCCCUUCCUCGCUGGGUGCUGGACCCCCAUUGCGGCCUGGGCUCUGCCUUGCACUAUUUCCCUUCCUUGGCCUGGCGGCCCCUCCUUAAAAGGGGCAGGUUCAGGGGCCCGGUGCUCUCCUUCCCUCCCAUGCGCCCCCAUGCCCAUUUGCACAGCUGCCCAGGUACCCCCAACAGUGGGGAGGGGGUCACAGGGAGAGGGUAGCGGGACCAGUCCCUGUAUCUAUUUAAAAAGUGAUGAUGUAAUAUAUUUGGGGAGGGGAGGUCGGGUGCUCUGGGCCUCAUCUUAGCAUUUCAGGUGAUGGGGGAGUCCAGGACUGGGGAGACCUGGGGCUUAGCCCCAGAGAGUGGGGACAGUGUGGCCUCCCCUCUCCCUACUGUGGCUUUCCCAGUCAGUGCCUUAGUGGGGGAGGCAUUCCCUCCUCUCCUGUUCCCUUCCUCUACCCCUGCCCCCCUCGGGUGUAAGCGACAGGACGAAAUAAUAAUAAUUUAAG